AUGGCGUCCGCAGCAGAUAUUGAGCAGAUGAACAAGGUGCGACUCUCACUGGGCCUCGCACCGCUGGAAGUUCCCGGGCAAGGACCGCAGUUCAAGGAAAAGGACAACGGCAGCGAAAGCGACGAAAGCGACGAAAGCGACGAUCUCAGCACCCUCGAAAAGCGUGCUGCUGCGGCCGGCAGCAACUGGCAGAAGCAUGAAGCCGAGCGCAAAGCGAAAGAAGAGCGUCAGAAGCGGAAAGAAGCUGCGAAGAAGGCAAGAGAUGCUGCAGCGCGCUUUGAAAAGUUGGAGGGUAAAGGCCUGGGUGAGGCCGACGAUGACGGCGAUGUCGAUGCUCGCACAUGGCUGAAGCAGCAAAAGAAGCGCCAGAAGAAGAUUGAGCAGGCGCGAAAGCUGGAAGAAGAGUUGGCUGCGAGGGAGCAACAGGCUGAAUACACCUCAAGAGAUUUGGCGGGUGUGAAAGUCGGUCAUGAAGCUUCCGAGUUCGAUGAGUUCACUGGCGAACAAGUACUCACCCUCAAAGAUGCGGCUAUUGGGGAAGAGAGCGAAGACGACGAACUGGAAAAUGCGGACCUGAGAGCGAAGGAGAAGCUGGAAGAAAAGCUUCGGCUCAAAAAGAAAAGACCAGAUUACGACCCGACAGAGCAAGGAGAGAACCAGAAUGUCCUCUCGAAAUAUGAUGAGGAGAUUGAUGGCAAGAAGCAGAAGCGCUUCACACUCGAUGGACAAGGAAGCACUGCUGAGGCUGCUCAGACGAAAGCGGCUGAGUCGGAUGAGUUCAAGCGCAAAGGCGUGAAAAUCAGCUUGGACAUUCUCAAAGAUGAGGCACCCGCGUCAGACUACGUUGAUCCUGCGACAAUCAAAGUCAAAAAGCCAAAGAAGAGCAAAAAGGAGAAAAGGAGCCGUCAGAAGUUAGAGGAUGAUGACGAUAUCAUUAUACCAGCUCCACAACCAGUCGAGACCUCUAAUGGCGACGACGUCAUGGACGUUGACGGCGCAAGCACAAGUAGGAAGCGUACCCUGGAAUUUGACGACGACGAUUUGCAAGCCAAGCUCGCAGAACAGCGGCGCCAAGCGCUGAAGAAGCGCAAGAAGACCGAUGCGUCCGAGUUGGCGCGGCAACUGAGGGAGGAAAUGGCAGUAGACGAGCCGGUGCCGGAAGAUGGCGGGCUGAUCAUCGAUGAGACUUCUGAGUUUGUGGCCAACCUGAAAAGACCUGAGGAAGAAGAGGAAGAGCGGGCGCGGAAAUCAGCUCCGUCAGCUUCUCCGGCUGUAAAGGACGAAGACGAAGAUGGUGAUACGAACAUGAACCAGCAAUCCUAUGCCGACGUUGAAGAUGAAGAGGACCGGGCAGCAAGGAUAAAACGCGAGACAUCAACUCCUGCCGACAUCACUGCUACUGGCCUUGAAGAGGAGGAGACAGUAACCGGACAAGGUGUCGGAGCUAUGAUGUCAAUGUUGCGCAAGCGUGGCUUCGUCGGAAAGGAUGAUUCUGGUGCAUUGACAGAGAAGGAGCAAAAACGUGCCGAGUUCUUGGAAACCAAGAAGCAUCUGAUCGAAGAAUAUGACCGACAAGCGCGCGAGCAACGAGAAGCAGACCGACAAAGCGGACGAUUCGCCAAGAUGUCCAACAGGGAGCGCGAUAAUCUUGCCCGCCAGCAGAACGAGCAGCGAGAGCAAUACAUCUCUCGCUUGCUGGCUGACAAAUUCAAUAAAGAAUACAAGCCAGAUGUCAAACUGCGGUACAACGAUGAGUAUGGACGAGAGAUGAACCAGAAGGAAGCUUUCAAGCACCUCAGUCACAUGUUCCAUGGCAAAGGUUCCGGCAAGCAGAAAACGGAGAAGCGUCUCAAGAAGAUUGAGGACGAGAAGAAGAACGCGGCCAAGGGCAUACUCAACGUCGGCGAGGAGGGCGGAUUCAGCAAUGUGCAAGGCAGAGAAGGCAAGAAGCAAAAGACCGCUGGUGUUCGUCUGCAAUAA